UAGCAGAACAUUUGCAUAGGUCACUGUGCCUUAUUUUCAAAUACUUUGCAAAUAUGGGCGUUCAUGGAUUAUGGAACCUGCUUGAACCCGUCGGCAAACCUGUUCCUCUAGAAGCACUCGAAAACAAAGUUCUUGCUGUUGAUGUGUCAAUAUGGCUACAUCAAGCAACAAAAGGGUUUCGGGAUGUGCAAGGAAAUCCAUUACCGAAUGCACAUCUGUUAGGUCUAUGUCAUCGCCUUUGCAAGCUUUUAUUUUUUAAAAUAAAGCCAAUAUUUGUUUUCGAUGGUGGUGUUCCAGCGUUGAAGCGACAAACUAUGGCUUCCCGUCAAAGUAGGAGAGAUACUGCAGUAAAGAACAAUGAUGAAGUAGCAGAAAAAAUCCUGACGAAUUUCAUUAAGUCAGAAAUGAUAAAUAAACAACUUGGGAAAACCAACAGAAAAUCUGGAGCCCCAUUAUUAAAAAAGAAAAAACAGGAACCUGACUUAUUUCAGCUGCCACCCCUCUCAAAGGAACUUGUUGAGGAAAUAACGGAAGACUCAGAUUUUGAGACCUAUGAAGACGAUGUCGCCGGCGAUCUGGAAUCGGUUUCGUUUCACAUGAAAGGACACAACAUACACUCCGUAGAUGUUACAAGUGAAGCGUUUCGCGCGUUACCAACCGAAAUACAACAUGAAAUUCUUUUGGAACUACGAGAUACCCGCAAACAGUCUUCUUGGAAUAAGCUUCAUCAAAUGCCUCAAGAAGCCGAUGAUUUUUCAGGAUUUCAAAUGGAAAGGCUGUUGAAACGACGAAAUCUGCAACAACGUCUAGACGAGGUGGUAAAAGAAAUUGGCCAAAAAACCCAUGAACAGUUUGCCCUACCCAAAGGAGACGUGUCCGAGUCGUACAAAAUAGCUUCAGAAAGUGCCACUCACUACAUCCUGAUCAAAAAAGCGCUAGAACAUGAUAAAAAACCGAAAGAAAUUUUAUUGGGAGAAACCGGGAAUUCCAAGGUAUCUGAGCAAUCCAUUCCUAGUUGUGACCGUGUUGCCAUUGAAGAUGUUAUGGAAUUUGAUCAAUACGAGUUCAGCCAACAAGAACUAUUCGCCAUAAUGGGAAGUGAAAAGCAAGAACAGGCAGUUACCCAUUCCAGUUCGUCUGAUGGAGAUUCAGAUUUUGAGGAAGUUCCGCCUGUUAUACAUUCCCCGAUAAAUAGGCUCAUACUAGAUAUCCCAAUCAAUCCUACAUUGACCUACGACGAAGAGGAUGAUAUGUUUGCUGAUGUGUUUUCUCAUGCGAUAUCAGACAAGACAGAAAAUUCAACAAAAAGUCCAAAAGUCGAAGAAAGCAUAUUGGCGAAUGAAACCGAUAUUUUGCCUGUGAAAGAAAAAUCAAGAGUACAAACGCAUGAGCCUCUAUGUGCCUCCCAAUCAAUGGGAAGCAAACCUGUAUUCGAAUUACAUGAAGUCGGAAAAGAGUGUGACCAUUUAGAACAACGUUCGACGUACAUUCUACCCGAGGAAAACAAUGAAAAGAAAAAUGUCGAGGUAUUCUUGGAAGGAAGAUCGUCAUUUUCUGAAAGAUGCGACAUUAGCUUACCCGAAAAUUCUGACACUGGCAUUGCUAUUAUGGGAGCGCAAGAUGCUAACGCCACAUUUGUUGGUGAAGAUAUAACGUCAGCCACCGCAGUGGGUGCUUUCACAGAAAAUACCACGUUUGUGGACGAAGAUAUUACAUCAGCUUCCACAGUUGAUACUUCCGCAGAAGGACCUUUCCCGCACGAUAGUUUAAUAAAUUCUGUGUUGGUUAGUACCAGCAUUGAAACAUGUAAAAUUAAUGAGAGGAACAAAAAAACUGGUACUGGAAAACUAGUCGACGAAAUAAUUGAAGCCCACAUGAUCAAUGUCACGGACAGAAACUCACAGAUGAGUGGCGAUACUUUACCUAAUACUUCGAAUGUUGGUGAGCGACUUAUUAUUUCCAACAAAAGAAAGGAAGAACUAGAAAAAAUGGAUAACCUUAUUCAAGAAGAGCAGUCAAUUCUGAUUCAGCAACAUGGAAAGCAGGAACGUCUUGCUGCGUCUAUUACUGACCAAAUGUAUUGCGAGUCUCAGGAAUUGUUAAGACUAUUUGGAAUUCCUUUUCUUGUGGCACCAAUGGAAGCUGAAGCGCAAUGUGCCUUCUUAGAUGAAGCUGGUUUAACCCAAGGCACCAUAACGGAUGACAGCGAUAUUUGGCUUUUUGGAGGACGCAGAGUGUACAAAAACUUCUUCAAUAAAGGAAAAUAUGUAGAAUUCUUUGAAGCAGAAGAUAUUCAUAAGGUUUUUAAACUAGGGCGCGAAAAGCUUGUUCAUUUGGCUCUUUUAACCGGCAGCGAUUAUACAGAAGGUAUUCAAGGCGUCGGUCCAGUUUGUGCGCUGGAGAUUUUAGCAGAGUUCCCUAGUCAGGGUUUGGAAGCAUUGGAGCAGUUUCGUGAUUGGAUAAAUGGUAUCCAGGCGAAGAAAAAUGCACCUCCAGAAAACAAGAUUCGACAAAAAAUAAGGAAUCUUCAAGUUAAACCAGGCUUUCCCAACCGAGCAGUUGUUGAUGCAUACAAAAAUCCAGAAGUAAACGAAUCGCUUGGUAGGUUUUCGUGGAAUGAACCGGAUAUGGAUGCUUUACGAGAUUUCCUAAACGAAAAAAUUGGCUGGAAUCGAGAUAAAUUUAACUCAGUGGUGAUUCCAGUUCUGGAAAGAUUCAAAGACAAACAAUGUCAGACUAGAAUAGAUUCAUACUUCUCUGUUAAAUUUCCACCGAAAGCGGCCACCAUCGUAAGCAAAAGAGUGAUGAAUGCGCUGCGUAAAGCGGAUUUUGGUGGGGUGCAAGAAAUAGUAGAUAACAAUACCGAUACAAAAAAACUUCCUAAAUCUCAAGAAAAACGAGGUAAAACACAGGAAAAUCGGCAUGCUGUGAGAAACCAUAAGCGCUUGGCAGCUACGACGUCGUGCAGUGAGCCAACCGCGUCUGCAUCGGGUAACAGCCGUCGAACAGCCGAAGUUAUAUGGCAAAAAGAAACUGAUAAGCAAAAAUUGGUAGCCAAUAAAUUGAAAGCAAUCGAGUUGUUUAAGAAAUCAAAAGGCCGUAGUAAACGCCCUACUCUUCGACCGACGUCUUCUCCUGCAUACUUGUCAGAUUCAAAUUCAAAUUCUUCGUAAUUGUGAUUUCAAUAAUAUGAUUUCCUUUUUCUA